AAAAUUUGUAUUGCAUAUAUAUACAUGUAGUUAUCGCUUUAUUAAAGCGAAAUUAUUCAGAUACUGUUUCUACUGAGAAAAAUUUCUCGCCACGCUAAAUUGUUCCAAGUGUCCGCGAUGUAUAUGAAUCGGGAGCGAGGGUGCGCCAUCGCAAGUGCCGGCCAAGUUCAAGUGCGGUCGACCGUCGACGAACUUUCAAAGUCUGGCACCGGGAUCAUCGGUGGGGGCCUAUACGGUUCGGGCCAUCGGGUAUAUAAAGCGGCUGUGAUCAACGCUGCACAUCAUCAGUCUCGCUUUGGUCGAUCUAAACCAACCAAAUCUACGAACAAUGGCGUUCAAGUUUGUCGCUUUUGCCGCCCUUGUGGCCGCCGCCAAUGCCGGUAUCCUCGCUCCUGCUGCUCCAGUCGCUUACGCGACAGCCCCCGUCGCCAAGGCUGUAGUGGCUAAGACCAUCGAGGCUGAUUACGAUCCGCAUCCCCAGUACAGCUACGCGUAUGAUGUGCACGACACUCUGACCGGCGACGCCAAGAGCCAGCACGAGACCCGCGAUGGCGACCUCGUCCAGGGUAGCUACUCCCUUCUGGAGGCUGACGGCACCAGGCGCACCGUCGACUACACCGCUGACCCGGUCAACGGUUUCAACGCCGUAGUUCGCAAGGAGCCUGCCACAGUCGCUGUCAAAGCUGUAGCCCCAGUCGCCGCUGCCCCCAUCGCGCACGCUGCACCAUUGGCAUACGCCAAAUACGCAACCCCAGUGGCACACGCUGCUCCCGUGGCCGCUCCCCUCGCCUAUGCCGCUCCUGUUGCUAAAUAUGCCGCCCCGAUCGCCGCUGCUCCCCUCACUUACUCCGCUCCGGUAGCCAAAUUGGCAGCCCCGAUCUCCUACGCUGCCCCCGUGGCUAAGAUCGCUGCCCCCGCUGUCGCUCACGUCGCGCACUCUGCCCCCCUCGCCUAUGCCGCACCCGCCGCACCCCUCGCCUACGCCGCGCACGCCGCACCCUUCACUUAUGCCGCACACGCCGCACCCCUCUCUUAUGCCGCGCACGCCGCACCCUUCACUUAUGCCGCGCACGCCGCACCCGUUGCCUACGCCGGGCACGCCGCACCCUUCACCUACGCCGCGUCAGCUGCACCCUUCGCUUACGCCGCGCAGGCAGCUCCGAUCGCUAAGAUCGCCGCAGCACCCGCUACUUUCUCUUAUGCCGCCCCCGCCUCUUACAUCCACUGAUCGCGUUGAUCGCGCCAGCUCACGUUGUCGACUUAGGCCGAACUUAUUUAUUUUUAUACAUUGUAUGUCUUUUUCUGUGUGACUGAUUAAAAGGAAUUAUACAUAUGUAUUUGAGAUUGUACUCACUUACGCGAGAUCUCAUCAACCCGCUGUCCUAUUACUAUAAUAUGCUAAUAUGUGUCUAUAAUGCACAUAUAAUACUAUAUGUGUGGUAUAACACAUGUGCGGAAUAUUUGACAUUUUUGCGAAAAAUGCGACGCAUACUCAUGGAUACAUAUGUAUAUUGGAUUAUGCAAUACUGGGCAUUUUUGUGAAUUUAACGGAAUAUGGACAGAAACAUAAUCUAUGAAUCCAUUCUUAACGUGAACAAGAAACGACGUCAAAUUAUACUUUAAACGACAAAUACUUUACAUUAUUAUAAUCAACAAUCAAAGUAAAAAAAAAGAGA